AUGGUCGGGGCAGCUGGACUUAUUCUUCUGGCCCAUUUUGACACCCUAAAACAUUCCCGCCUUCACGGUGGAUUCCUGAUAAUGUUCAUAGGAGGGUACCUGCUCAGUGCUCUAUUCAUAUGCCUGGAGUACCUCCGCCUUGGAGUUGAAUACAAGGAGCACAAAAUCAUCUUCAUGAGCUUCCUGGUCAAGGUGUUUUUCAUUUUGGUUGAGCUAGCACUGGCAAUUGCAUAUAAAGUCCUUGGAAAGAGAAGACGAACGAGAGACACCGCUGCGAUUAUUGAAUGGGUUGUUGCUUUCAUUUUCGCGCUAUACGUGCUCUCGUUUGUUGUUGACUUGUUCCCUGCAGUGAAAAGCAAAGAUCAUAUUCCACAAGGCGAACGUUCUCGGGCCAUGGCUCAAACAUCCUCGAGCCUGGAGUCUGGGUCCUAUCCCUCGACGCAGCCCCGGCUGAGCCAAGAAGCACAACUGGCUACCGAUCAGAUGGUGGAUGAUUAUGAUACCCACUGCAUAUAA